UCUGGAGUGCUGUCGCUACUGAAGAAUUUUUAUUUUCAUUCUGAUUGCUCUUAUUUAAUAGAACCUGGCGCCGCUAAAGCUGUGCAGCUCCGACAGGUCUGGGGAGCGCAUGACGGCGGAGCAGCAGGGGCAGCCGCACGCGCAGGCGCCGCCCCCGCCCCCGCAGCCGGAGCAGUCGCCGUCGCACCAGCCGCAGCAGUCCUCGUGCGGGCUGGGCUCGCUGCUGUCGGCCGGCUGCCGCGGCCGCGCAGAGGCUUUCGCGCGCCGCCUCAGCCGCCGCUUGCAGACGCUGGGCAUGGGAGGCGGCGCGGGGGCGGCGUCUGCCGACGAGGAGCGACCCUUCUGGGCGGCGCCGCCCUCGCAGCCGCAGCCACUGGCGCCGGUGCAAGUGCAGCUGGCGCGCGUGCCCUCGGACGCCGACGUCUUCUACGAUCCCGUGGACAGCCCUGUGGAAGUGGCGCCGCCUGCGGCUGUGACAGCCCCACUGCAGACCUGUUCUUCGGACAGUGACAGCUCUGAGGUGCUGUUCUUCGACCCCGAGUCGAGCACGAGCAACUGCAGCAGCGCCGGCGAGGAUGAGGCGUACGCGGCGUACAACGGGCGCGCCGCCUCCUCCGGCUCGGAGUCGACGUCGACGUCGACGUCGACUUCGGACACGGGCACGCUGUCCGGCCUGUCCAGCAGCUCCUCCAGCGCCGUGCACGUUCAGCUGCCGGGACACGCCAGCGCCAGCGACGAUAGCAGAUCGACCAGGACACCGAGUGAAGAGACCCGGUCGUCUCCUCGGUCGCAGUCGGCAAGUGACGACAGUCGACCCCUGAGCGAGCUGUCAGCGCUCGAACCGACGCCGAGCUCGUACUCCACAAUAGAAGAUUCUGUCGCCACGGCAGAGUUUUCCGUCUUGGAGGACGGAGUGCCCCCUCAGUCGGACAGGCUGAAGGGAAUGCCAGAAGAGGAAGCGGAGGAUGCGCUGAGUGCAGUCGUGGGGAGGCUGGGGCUCACCAACGGCGAAGCUGGACACGGCGGGUGCGACUGCAUAGUGCGCCUGCAUAAUGGCAAGUGCGUCAUCCACCACAACAGUCUGCGUAACGGAACAGACGCGUUGCACCACCGGCCCGAGAGCGAAGUCGACCGCCUCAAAGGCUCGGACCAUCAGGAUAGUAACGGAGCGGCACUGAACGGAGAUUCGGAGACUGAAUACGAGAGGACAUUUGUGUCCGUUGACUUGCAGAUGAACUGUCAGUCGGACGCUGAAGCCGAAGCGCCGGUGGAAGAGGGAGGAGUUACGGACGACGAUGGCCCGCGUGAGCGGAUUAGCGAGGACAAGUCGGCAGAGAACCUGCGUGCUCUGUGCGAAGAAGCCUCUGGGGAACGUGAGGAGAGGCACGAAGAGGCGACGAACGGUGUGUGCGUCGAAGCGGACGGCUCGCAGCAGGUGGAGUGCCGCAUCGUGGUGAGCCGCGAACUGGAGGACGAAACGGAGGCGCAACAGGAGAAGGAGCGGCCUCCCGUCAACGGCAGCGGCAGCGCCUCCAACGACGAGGACGACGACUCGCGGCCGCAGCGCGUCCGCCGCUGCUCGUCCCUCAAGAGCGGCAAGACGCCCCCCGGCACGCCGGGCCGCAAGAAGAUCGUGCGCUUCGCCGACGUUCUCGGCCUCGACCUGGCCGACGUGCGCACCUUCCUCGACGAGAUCCCCAAGAUCCCCAGCUCCGCCUACGACGACCUGCGCGACGUCGACCUGGGCACCUCGGCGCCCAGCUUCCUGCCGGCGCCGACGACGACUAUACUGGGAGAUUCCCAGCAGCAGUCGUUCGCGUUCCCCACCGCCCGCACGCUGGUGCCCCUGUUCCAGCAGCCUUGGACGCAGCCGGACUUCUUGGACCGUGUGCGCGACAGACAGGUGUGCCUGGAGAGCGCCACGCUGCAGGACCCGGCGCUGCUGUCGCUGAGCGGCGUGGUGCGCGUGCGGAACCUGGACUUCCACAAGUCGGUGCACGUGCGCUACACGAUGGACGGCUGGCGCACGUGGGCGGACGUGCAGGCGCGCUACGUGGACGGCUCGUGCGACGGCUUCUCGGACCGCUUCUCGUUCGUGGUGUACGCGGACGCGCUGCCCGCCGGCGGCCGCCUCGAGCUGGCCGUGCGCUUCCAGUGCCGCGGCGCGCAGUUCUGGGACAGCAACGGCGGCGCCAACUACGCCUUCCAGUGCGUCGCCUCCGCCGCCGCCCCCGCGGUCGAGCCGCUCAGCCCCGUCGACGACCGCUGGCCGUCCUUCUACUAGCGGCCCACGGGGUCGGGCCACAGUGACGUCGCGGCGCCGGCCGCUACUGGCGAGACACCUAGCGGCGCAGCUCGCAACCCGGCCGCAAGGCUCGGCUAUUCCGCAGCCUACAACGUCGUACAUAACCACCAUUGUAUACCCUCACCUUCUGCAGUCACAUUUUAAGCCGAAUGUAUUGUGUAGUUAUUGUCAGCGUAACAAAGUGAGAGUGGGACGCGUGCUAUGGCAACUGACAAAUUGAAUAAUCAUUCGGGAAGCGGUCCGCCAGAAGAUUCCUCGUGGUGUAACUCUACUAGAAACUCGAUAAGUUGGAGGGCCUAAACAUCAACAUCAGCUGUUACCUAGUUAAUGCAAACGCUGCGUAAAAACGAAUAUUUAAUCAUCGCGAAUGUGCAAAAAGUAUAUCGAGAAUGCUAAUUGGACACGCUUAUUCAGCUCCGUACAAUUCUCAUAGGAACAGUAUCUCAACAGAAACGCAAGUUACUGUGUUAUUUGCGAAAGACCGAGAAAGAUUCAGAGUGGGUGGUACAUACGUGACACGUAUCCCAUAUUCUAAAAUUAAUUGAUAGAAAGAUAUUUUUGCACAAAAGCCCCUGUUAGGCUUCUAUAUCAUUUUCGAAGAUAGUAUGUUUUAUGGUGAUCGGAAGAUCUAAAGCACAUGAUACUAUGGUUGUGUGGGGAGAUGAAGACGGAGAGAGGGAUUGGGAGAGGGGAUGGGGACGACGGAGGGGGGAGAUAGAGAGAGAGAGAGAGAGAGAGAGAGAGAGAGAGAGAGAGAUAUGUGCCAUGAUCGAGUUCGUAUUUGAUUUCAUCGUCGGUGUGUCGUCGUGAAAUGAAGACCUACGAUGAAAGGUUUUAUAUUUAUUCUUUGUGCUCGGAUUAGCAUGUGCUGCCGAAUACUAUUGUUGUGAAUUCAUUUGCUAAUAAACUCAGAGUUGAGAAACAAAACGUGAAAGAUAUUUCGAUGUGGAAAACAAAACUGAGCAAAAAGAUAUAUAAUCGGACGUCUUGCACCUUAAAGGUUAUUGACACAUAGUUAUUUGAAAUGAAAGUUUGUCGUGCAGAUGGUAUACAACUGGUUGACAUUUUGCGAGUGAUGGUCCUCAAUUUAUUGUUUGGGGAGUCCUGUGGGAGAUAUGGAGAAGCAGAAGUACAAAAUCUCAGAGUGCCAUUGUGAAGUCGAAUGCAGUAUACACACGAACAGCUGAAACUUAACGCAACAUAGGGAUUUCAACUGAUACUGGUUCAUAGAAUUGGUUGCUACCAACGCGGUUUCUUGUUUUGAACUUAAAUAGGUUCACAAGCUGUAUCUAUGGGUUGGUAACUUACAUAGCUGGUCAGGACUUCCCCAUAUGCUCUUCACAACGGAAGAAAUGAAUUUCAGUGUCACUGUACAUAUGUAGAAGAUAUCGCGAUCUGGGACUGCCGUCAUACUAACAGUGCGUCAGUACUCGAAGACUGAAUAAUACACUAGUUUACAUUAUAGAUAUUGAUUGGUAUAAAUACUUUUACGUUGGUCUGAUUUAUAGCUUUAAUUUAUCUUAAACUGAUAAAGUUACAGUUAGGUAGUUCUGUUCAGAAAUGCGCUCACUUUCAAAGAAGAGGACCUGAAGGGAGAGUAGUGAAUAGAAAUUAACAAAAUCUUAGCCCAAUUCAUGCACUAACACACGUCCAUAUUGACACUGAAACGAUAACCUCAUAACACCUUCAUAAUAACGUUGGGCCAACAGUGACACCUUCUUGAAGACGUGAUCAAAGACAAUACUUACCAUAUCACAAACAUGACUAUACUACAUUGUUGCAGAUUGUUAAUAUUUAACCAUUCAAAGAAUCAAUUACAUAAUAAGAGCAGCAAAUAAAAUUUCCUUGCAGUGCAGUAGAGAUAAUUAUUUAAAAUAUGGUUUUUAUAAAUUAUUUCGAAAUAUUUUUGUACUUCAUUAUACUGACUAUUGGUCUGAUGAAUGAUCUGAGAGACAUGUUUUACCCAUUGUGUAUAUCAGUUGACAAAACUGCAAUAUAUGACUGGUGGUAGUUCUUGACAGUUAAUAAUUUUCAGCAAGGAAAUAAACUGCAAAUAUAUGUACAUAUAAACAAUUAAAUAGCAGUUGCAAGUAAGAUGUCUAGCGUUUUAGCAUAAACCUCCGCCGCAGUGCAGUAAUAAUGAAUCUGCCUUACUUUUUGAAAUUGGUUUCUCAGGUGUAGGAAAUAAGAGUUCCUUCAGAUGGGCUAAUAUUCAACUGUUUCUAACAGACAGUAGUUCUCCCAUUUUAUUUAGUUAUCUCUUCAUAUGUUUUUUAUGCAGUGGCCAAAGCUUUUAUUUUUAUAGGAUUCUCAGAUUUCCUUGAAAUUUUAAUUUUUUACGUCUGUUAUGGAAAGAGCGAGUACUAAUGAAUAUUUUCAGUGGUAAAGAUUAACAGUUUUGAAGUAUUCUGUAUUUUAUAGUUGAGGGGUGGUUAAAGUAAUUAUACUGCGGGUCAUUAAUUGAAACACCAAAGCAUAGAGUUUAUUAAAUUGUUGUUCUCAGAUGUUUAUAACGCACUAAUAAAUGAAUAUAAUGCAAUUGAAAUGUGUAUUAGAUACAUGUGUACAAGUUUACACAGCCAGUCAGUUUGAAUAAAAUUCUUCUGGGAUUGUGGUCACGUUCUGUUGUGAUUUUGGGAGAAGGAACUUUAUAUUAACUGAAAAUAGAAUUUAAAUGCUGCCUAGGAAUACAUUGAGAGACAGCACCAACAUUCGACGUAAUCAAACAGGUGGGUAGCACUUAAUAAAAAAAUUAACAGAUUGUGAGUUAAGAGCAUCUUCUAUCACCUUCUCAGAAACUUUUAAAAUUCCAUUGUCAGUUCAUAUUUUUAUCGGUGUAUUUCACAACAUGGUGCCCUCAGAAACCCAGGGACUUUUAUUAAAACUGUGUGUUCAAUAUUUUUGUGAUUGAAGGUAUAUAAAUUAGAAUUUAGGCAUCUGAUGUUUAAGAAAAGUCAUGUGCUCUACUUUCUGCAUCUUGAUGUGACAAAUAGUUCUAUAUGCAAAACAUAAUAAAUUUCAAAAUGUGUUCCUAUCUAUUAAAACGUUAUUUUACUAGGGGUUUAUCGAUCAAUAAAAAAUUGUUAUUCUAAAUGUUAUCACGUAAAUUAUAUAUUACUGCGAAGCAAACGGAUGUUGCAACAGUUGCUGAAGGCAUGUUACAGAGCCAGCCAUCGUAUGAUUGGAUUAGUAGAUUUGAAAGAAAUGUUACAUCUGAGAACAGCCUUUCCAAGUGACACAAUGUGUUAUCUGGUUACGUCAAUAUAGAUAAAAAAUGUCUUGGUAAGCUUUUGUGCAAGUUGUGUUUGUGUGUGCCUGUGUGUGUCUGGUUACAGCAUAGCUCUUAUUAAUUGAAAAAAAACUAUAAAAGUAGGAGGCUUUA